AUGGCCAUAGGGCUUUCGUCAAAGGAAGCAAACAAACGAGUCUUUCUAAAUAUUUAUAAUUUGACCACUCACGCGGUUGAACUGAUAUGGAUUGAUUACGAGGGAAAGGAGCAAACUUAUUCUAUUUUGGUUGGACCAAAAAACAUCGAGGUUGAUACUUUUGAAACUCAUCCUUGGAUCUUCAGGGAAUCUCGUACAAGGAAACGAUUAGCCGUUUUUCAGGGUACACCAGGUUACCCAAAGAAAGUUUUACUCCCCGAAACAGCUAAACCAUCAAUCAGAAAGCCAGUAUUCAUUACACACCCGAUUGAAAAUCUACGUGACAUUUGUUAUCUUUCCCUAAAAAGAUCAGGCCUAAAACCGCAUAAAAUACAACAAUUUGACAUUCCCAGAGAACUCAAAAUCGGAUAUAAAAAAUUUCUGAAACGCUGUAUUGCUUUAUAA